GAGAUUUGCUAGAGAUUAGUGUUUGAUAUUCUAAUUUUUAUUCUUGUGUUGGAUUCUUAAUUUUAGGUUAAAGUAGAUGGAUUUGGUCUUGUGUUUGUAAUAAUUUGUAUAGUUAUAUUAUAAAACGUAUUAGACUUACAUUAAAAGGUUAAGAUUGUAAUUAAAGUAUGAUUUAAGGACAAAGGUAAUUAAGUUUAAGGAUUUAUUUAAGCUUAGUGUUAUUGAUGGAUAAUUAAGUAAACAAUUUUCUGCCAUUGUCAUGUUAUGUUGAGAUUUGAUCCUGUUCUAUCUGCAAUUCCUACUGCACUCAACAGAUCGAAAGGAAGAAACAAAAGGGAAUCGAAAUGAAAUUUUUCUUGAACUGCUAAUUAAUAGAAAACAUGAAGUAAAUUGUAAUAUACAUAGAUAAGGAACAUCAUUAGUUUUUGCAACACUGAAAUUGACUGAGCAAUCCUUGUUCCACUUAUUAAAUCUAUCCUCCCUGCAUUUCAAAGGACUUAAAAUUAUUUAUUACACAUUCAUGAUGCAAAAGCUGCAAAAAGUUACUACAGUUGGAGCAUUACAUAUUAGAGUUAUUCACGAAAUUAUCUCAACCAUAUGUACAUGCAGGUCGUCUUGGAGGGAGUUGCUGGUGUGGAGUUCUCUGUUAGAAAAAAAAAACAAAAAGAAAAUCAGUUUGCCCUCUUUUCUUUCAUGGCGGAGGAAAAUUCUCAAUUGAACAACUUGCAAGAAGAAAAUGGAGCCUUAGAGCUUCAAAGUCUUGUAGAAAGAGUUGGUGACCUUCCUCUAUUGUCUCCAAAAGAAGGAGGUGACAGUAAAGAAGUUUCAAAGAAGAAAAAGAAGAAAACUAGAAGCAAGAAAAAGAAAGAACUCUUAGAACGAACUGAUCCACCAUCAAUUUCUGUUAUUGACCUAUUUCCAUCUGGAGAUUUCCCUGAAGGUGAAAUUCAUCAAUACAAAGAUGAGUAAGUUGAUGAUGAAUAAAUUUCAGCAAUAUCUGACAUUUUUGCUUGCAAAAUUGAUUUGAAUUUAUGAGUAAAAUGAACUGUAUUACCAUUGUUUUUUCUUUUUUGUUUGACGUGUUGCUACUUUGAAAAGGAAAAAAAAACAGAGGAAGAAUAUUGUCUAGCUAAAGUUUUUCUUUUGUUGUUAAUUAACCACAUUUGAAACAGAAAGUAUCUAAGUUUUGCAAUAUAAAAAUUGACAACAUUUUAACAUGGUAUUAUGUAGAUGCUUAUUUUGUUGACUACCUAUACUCCUCCCAAAGUCUUGAAAAUAACAAAACAGGAAUGCACAACACUAUAGCAGCUUGAGC